GCUCCGAGGGGUUUCGGACCGAAGGGAAGGAGAGUCGCGCUUCGUCCUCCGCCUCCCCAGCGCGUCGCGGGCACUUCCCCCCGCGCCCCCCCUCCCCGCCGAGCUCCCCGCCGAACUCUGCCGCGACCCCCGCGCGUCCUCCGGCCGUCCUCCCCGCCCCGAGCUCCGGACAACUUCAGGGGUGGGGUGCAAAGAAAGUUUGCGGUUCUUGCCACCGGCCUUCCCCUGCCUCACGGCCUAGGAGGCUCGCCGCCCGCCCGCCCGCGCGCGCCCGCUCCCCGCUCGGCCUUGCCCGGGACCGCGUCCUGCCCCGCACCGUCGCCACCAUGAACAAGCUUUACAUCGGCAACUUGAACGAGAGCGUGACCCCCGCCGACUUGGAGAAAGUAUUUGCGGAACACAAGAUCUCCUACAGCGGCCAGUUCUUGGUGAAAUCCGGCUACGCCUUCGUGGACUGCCCGGACGAGCACUGGGCGAUGAAGGCCAUCGAAACUUUCUCGGGGAAAGUGGAACUGCAAGGAAAACGCCUAGAGAUUGAGCACUCUGUCCCCAAAAAACAAAGGAGUCGGAAAAUUCAGAUCCGAAAUAUCCCACCUCAGCUUCGAUGGGAAGUACUGGACAGCCUGCUGGCUCAGUAUGGUACAGUAGAGAACUGUGAGCAAGUGAACACUGAGAGUGAGACAGCCGUUGUGAACGUCACCUAUUCCAACCGGGAGCAGACCAGGCAAGCCAUCAUGAAACUGAACGGCCACCAGUUGGAAAACCAUGCCCUGAAGGUCUCCUACAUUCCUGAUGAGCAGAGCGCACAGGGCCCCGAGAAUGGGCGCCGGGGAGGCUUUGGCUCUCGGGGUCAGCCCCGCCAGGGCUCACCUGUAGCAGCAGGAGCUCCAGCCAAGCAGCAGCAAGUGGACAUCCCCCUUCGGCUCCUGGUACCCACCCAGUAUGUGGGUGCCAUCAUUGGAAAGGAGGGUGCCACCAUCCGUAACAUCACUAAACAGACCCAGUCCAAGAUAGAUGUGCACAGGAAAGAGAAUGCAGGUGCAGCUGAAAAGGCCAUCAGCGUCCACUCGACCCCCGAGGGCUGCUCCUCUGCCUGUAAGAUGAUCUUGGAGAUUAUGCACAAGGAGGCAAAAGACACCAAAACGGCUGACGAGGUCCCCCUGAAGAUCCUGGCCCACAAUAACUUCGUGGGGCGGCUCAUUGGCAAGGAAGGGCGUAACCUGAAGAAGGUCGAACAAGAUACAGAGACGAAAAUCACCAUCUCCUCGCUGCAGGACCUCACCCUCUACAACCCUGAGAGGACCAUCACUGUGAAGGGAGCCAUCGAGAACUGCUGCAGGGCUGAGCAGGAGAUCAUGAAGAAAGUUCGGGAGGCCUACGAGAACGACGUGGCCGCCAUGAGUCUGCAGUCUCACCUGAUCCCCGGCCUCAACCUGGCUGCUGUCGGUCUUUUCCCAGCCUCAUCCAGCGCAGUCCCACCUCCUCCCAGCAGCGUUACUGGGGCUGCUCCCUACAGCUCCUUUAUGCAGGCUCCGGAGCAGGAGAUGGUGCAGGUGUUCAUUCCUGCCCAGGCAGUGGGUGCCAUCAUCGGCAAGAAGGGCCAGCAUAUCAAGCAGCUCUCUCGGUUCGCCAGCGCUUCCAUCAAGAUUGCUCCACCUGAAACACCUGAUUCCAAAGUUCGAAUGGUAAUCAUCACAGGACCCCCAGAGGCCCAAUUUAAGGCUCAGGGAAGAAUCUAUGGCAAACUCAAAGAGGAGAACUUCUUCGGUCCCAAGGAGGAAGUAAAACUGGAGACCCACAUCCGGGUCCCAGCCUCAGCUGCUGGCCGAGUCAUUGGCAAAGGCGGCAAAACGGUGAAUGAAUUGCAGAAUUUAACAGCUGCUGAGGUGGUAGUGCCGAGAGACCAGACCCCGGAUGAGAAUGACCAAGUCAUUGUGAAGAUCAGUGGGCACUUCUAUGCCAGCCAGAUGGCCCAGCGGAAGAUUCGAGAUAUACUGGCCCAGGUUAAGCAGCAGCACCAGAAGGGACAGAGCAACCAGGCCCAGGCACGGAGGAAGUGACCAGCUCCUUCCCAUCGCAUUGGCUCCAGGACAACGGGCAGAAUUGGAGAAUGUGCUCUUCCAGCAGGCCUGAGAAUGAGUGGGAAUCAGGGUCCCUGGGCUAGGCUGGAGAUCAGGUUUGCCCACUGUCUUGAAAAAGAUGUCUCAGUGAGGAACCCUGAUCUCCCAGUCACAAACACCAGGCCAAUUAAUUGAUCAACCACACAGCCUGCCC